GAGAAGUUUCCUAGCGUAGCCGGAAAAUGCCAAGCGAGAGUAACCUCCAGUGAACGUAUGUGUCGACGGUGUUUUUCUUACGGUGCACGUGCCUCCUUAUAAAAGGCCACGUCAGGUUGCUGAUGGUGAUGAUGAGGGGUUUCAGAUCUGAUGGUUGAGAGAAACUGAGGGGAGAAACAGUGGAAAGAAAAGGUGGUUUGCGGGAGUAGAGAGAUAGAGAGAUAGAGUGAUAAGAGAGAGUGCUUCAAAGCUUAUCUCACCACUCUGGUCUGUAGUACUGAGAGGAGAAAUGGGGGAGGAGGAAAAGAAGCCGGAGGAGAAGAAAAUGGAGGGAAAGAAGGCGGAGGAAGAGAAGAAGGAGGCGAAGCAGGAGAAGGCUGAGAAGCCGAGCGAGGAGAAGAAGGAAGAGAAGGCGGCGCCGGAGGAAGGGAAAGCAGCGAAGGCCGAGCCGCCUCCGCCUCCGCCGGAGAUUGUGCUGAGAGUCUACAUGCAUUGUGAAGGCUGUGCUCGGAAAGUUCGCCGGUGUCUCAAGGGCUUUGACGGCGUUGAGGACGUUAUCACCGAUUGCAAGAGCCACAAAGUGGUGGUGAAAGGAGAAAAGGCCGAUCCAUUGAAAGUUUUGGAGAGGGUUCAGAGGAAAAGCCACAGACAAGUCGAGCUACUCUCUCCGAUCCCGAAACCGCCGGCCGAGGAUGAGAAGAAGCCGGAAGAGAAAGAAGCACCGAAACCGGAAGAAAAGAAGGAAGAGCCCCAGGUGAUUACAGUGGUGCUCAAGGUUCAUAUGCAUUGCGAGGCUUGCGCGCAAGAAAUCCAAAAACGCAUAGGGAGAAUGAAAGGAGUGGAGUUCGCGGAACCAGAUCUAAAGGCGUCUCAGGUGACGGUGAAGGGCGUGUUCGAUCCGCCGAAGCUGGUGGAGUACGUGUACAAGAGAACUGGGAAGCACGCUGUGAUCGUGAAGCAAGAGCCGGAGAAGAAAGAGGAGGAGAAGGGCAAAGACGGAAAGGAAGAGAAAAAGGAAGAAAAAGGAGAAGGCGAAAAAGAGAAGAAAGGUGGCGGGGAGGAAGAGAACAAAGGGAAAAAACCAGGAGAAGAAGCAGCGGCGGAGAAGGCAGACGUGGAAGCGGAGACGAAGGUGGUGGAGCUGAAGAAGAACGAGCUCCUGUACAAUUACAAUUACCCAUAUUACCCUCCCAGGUACUACAUGGAGCAGAACCCAUACCCCUCGCAGAUGUUCAGCGACGAGAAUCCUAACGCCUGCUCCGUCAUGUAAAAACGGAGCAACUACAAGGGCAGAAUCGGGAAACGGGGGGUUCAUGGGUAAUUUCGUAAUAUGGGUGCCCUUUCUCCUACAUCUACAUGUGGCUCUUUCCCAGUCCCAGUAUAAUCUACAGAGAGAGACUGUAGAGUUUUGAGGCUUGUACUUUUUCUUUAAAUCUGUUGUUUUAUAUAUAAAUAAUGGUAUAUAAUAACAUAUAAAUUUCAAAAA